AUGUUCCAGGAAGGAUGGAGGCCAGCAUGGCUGCGGCAGGUGUAUGAGAAGAAGUUUGCUGUGGUACAGAUCGACACGGCUCGGGAGCUGGAGGAUGCCGACUUCCUCCUGGAGAGCUACCUGAACCUGGCGCGCAGCAACGAGAAGCUGUGCGAGUUUCACAAGACCAUCUCCUACUGCAAGACCUGCCUCGGCCUGCCCGGCACCCGGGCAGCCACCCAGCUCGGAGGCCAGGUCAGCCUGAGCAUGGGCAACGCCUUCCUGGGCCUCAGCCUCUUCCAGAAGGCCCUGGAGAGCUUCGAGAAGGCCCUGCGCUAUGCCCACAACAACGAUGACACCAUGCUCGAGUGCCGUGUCUGUUGCAGCCUGGGCAGCUUCUACGCCCAGGUCAAGUGUCUGCAGGUGUCCUGCUUCAAUGAGUUAGAGAUCUGUAUCCAUCCUGAUGGAGUCAUCCCAGUGCUGACUUUCCUCAGGGAUCACACCAAUGCACAAUUCAGAUCCUUGGCUGACUUGACAGCAGUGGAUAUCCCCACCCGGCAGAACCGUUUUGAGAUUGUUUACAACUUGCUCUCUCUGCGUUUCAACUCCCGGAUCCGUGUGAAGACCUAUACAGAUGAGCUGACACCCAUUGAGUCUUCUGUGUCUGUGUACAAGGCAGCCAACUGGUAUGAGAGGGAGAUUUGGGACAUGUUUGGAGUCUUCUUUGCUAACCACCCUGACCUAAGAAGGAUCCUAACAGACUAUGGUUUUGAGGGACAUCCUUUCCGGAAAGAUUUCCCCCUGUCUGGCUAUGUUGAGUUACGCUAUGACGAUGAGGUGAAGCGGGUGGUGGCCGAGCCGGUGGAGUUGGCCCAAGAGUUCCGCAGGUUUGAUCUGAACAGCCCCUGGGAGGCUUUCCCUGCCUAUCGCCAGCCCCCUGAAAGUCUCAGGCUUGAAGCUGGAGACAAGAACCCUGAAACCAAGUAGUUUCAGGGAAGGCAUGUGUAUCCUAGAAAGCACCAUAUCUAUCAUUGAGUGUCCCUGUAAAUAAAAUCCUUAGA